GUCGCACUCGCAGGCAUCGCCCAGCGCGUGUUAGGAAAAUCCGACUCGGCUGCCGAGCGGUGCCGUACAACUUUCUUCUGUCUCCUUCGUGUCAAGCCGUGUUUCUGCCAUUGAGUUUGUAGAACACUGUCCCUGGGUUGAGUGAAGACUAUCAGACUGCCAUUCCCCGCAUCCACCCCACCCUAAACCAGCCAUGGCAUUGAGUGCACGAUCUGCUGCCAGAGCUCUACGAGCGGCCAAGGCACGCCCGUUUGCGGCUGUACAAGCAUGUAGCUAUUCAUCUUCGUCCGAGCCGGAUCUCAAAGAGACGUUCAAAAAGGUUCUCCCUGCAAAGCGAGAGCUCUUGAAGAAGGUCAAGGCACAUGGCGACAAGAAGCUUGGUGACGUCAAGGUCGAGAAUGCGCUGGGCGGCAUGAGGGGCCUCAAGGCCAUGGUCUGGGAGGGAUCAGUUCUCGACGCAAACGAGGGUAUUCGAUUCCACGGCAAGACGAUCAAGGACUGCCAAAAGGAGCUGCCCAAAGGAACCUCUGGCACUGAGAUGCUUCCCGAGGCCAUGUUCUGGCUACUCCUGACUGGCGAGGUUCCAUCGGUAUCACAGACUCGUGCGCUUUCGCGAGAGCUCGCCGAAAAGGGUGGCAUCCCCAAGUUUGUCGAGAAGAUGCUGGAUGACUUCCCCAAGGAUCUCCAUCCCAUGACACAAUUCGCAUGCGCUGUCUCGGCCCUCAACUACGAGUCCAAGUUUGCCAAAGCAUACGAAAAGGGCAUCAACAAGGCGGACUACUGGGAGCCUACCUUUGACGACUGCAUUAGCCUGCUCGCAAAGCUGCCUACCAUUGCCGCCAAGAUCUACCAGAACGCAUACCGCGGUGGAGGUGCGCUCCCCAACGAGAUCGAUCUGAACCAGGAUUGGUCCUACAACUUCGCAGCCAUGUUGGGCAAGCCUGGCAAGGAGAACGAGGGCUUCCAAGACCUUCUCCGGUUGUACCUCGCUCUGCACGGCGACCACGAGGGCGGCAACGUCUCAGCACACACCACACAUCUGGUCGGUUCGGCACUCAGUGAUCCCUUCCUGAGCUACAGCGCCGGUCUUCAAGGUCUUGCUGGCCCACUGCACGGCCUAGCUGCUCAGGAGGUGCUGCGCUUCAUCCUCGACAUGCAAAAGGUAGUUGGCAACAACUUUAGCGAAAAGGACGUCAAUGACUUCCUCUGGAGCGUUCUCAAGUCUGGAAGAGUCAUCCCCGGUUAUGGUCACGCUGUGCUCAGGAAGCCUGACCCGCGAUUCGAGGCGCUCAUGGACUUUGCGAAUGCACGACCUGAGAUUGCGGCAGACCCAGUCUACCAGCUCGUAAAGAAGAACUCGGAGAUUGCCCCUGGCGUUCUUACUGAGCAUGGAAAGACCAAGAACCCCUACCCCAACGUCGAUUCGUCCUCGGGUGUCCUUUUCCACCACUAUGGCUUCAAGGAGACUCUGUACUACACUGCGACAUUCGGUGUCAGCCGUGGUCUUGGUCCUCUUGCACAGCUCAUUUGGGACAGGGCAUUAGGCCUGCCCAUUGAGCGCCCCAAGUCAAUUAACCUCCAGGGUAUCCUGAACCAGGUUGGCGCGUAAAUUGUCAGUAGCGGCGACCUGAUACGGGGCAGCAAUUCAAAAGUAGUCGAAAAUAGAAACGAUGUAAAUGCCGCACUUGACCAUUAGGUUUUGCGUGAAAAGGUGGCAGUCAGUCAGUGACGUGUGUUGGUGUUGGUAUUGGUGAAUGAAUAGAGUUGCGCAAUUGGGCAUGGGAGGGGCGGGAGUGGACCCAUGGGAUCGACGACGGCGGCGGCGGCUAGUCAGGGCAGGGCGACAUGCCGGCCCCAGUACACGCCGGACGCCGAGUGAAACUGUCUCGCACCACGUCGACGGCGCUGCCUUCUGUUCUACACUUAUUCAUUGUCCUACCAGAUAUUGUAUCCGCUCGCUCACAUCUGCAUCGGUGGCAUUACCGUGUCCAACUGCUGCUGCAGCAAACAUACACACGCUUCAA